UCUUACUCUCUCCCUCCCUCUCUCCAUAUAUUCAUUCACAAACACACGCAAAAUCAACAACACACAACAAAAAACCCAUACUUCAAUUAAUAAUAUCAACCAACUUUUCUCAUUGCAAGAUUCCUCACCAUGGGAUUUCCAGUAGGAUACACAGAACUUCUCUUCCCAAAAUUAGUUCUUCAUCUUCUCUCCAUCUUCACUUUCAUAAGAAAACUCAUUUGCAUCAUUUUUCGUUAUCUGGGUCUCCCUGAUUUCAUCGAACCCGACAUUACAUGGCCAGAAAAUUCGACCCGAAUUCCCGAAUUCGAAUCCGUUUCAGCUCUUCUUAUUCGUGAAAUCUUACCGGUUGUUAAGUUCAUGGAUUUAGUGGACCCACCUGAAAGCUGUGCUGUCUGUCUUACUGAGUUCGAGGAUAACGAUGAGAUCAGACGGUUAGCGAAUUGUAGACACAUUUUUCAUCGAGGUUGUUUGGACCGUUGGAUGGGUUAUGAUCAAAGAACGUGUCCUUUGUGUAGAACACCUUUUAUACCUGAUGAUAUGCAAAGUGCUUUUAAUGAGAGAUUAUGGGCUGCUUCUGGGAUUCCUGAGGCUGAGUUUCACUCUGAUGUUCUUGCUUUGUAGCUCAAUUCAACUUAAGGACAUGUUUGGGUUUUUUUGGUUUGUGUUUUUUUAUUUUUCAUUUUCAUUUUUUGUGUAUUUGUACAUAGACAGAACUCAUGAGAAACUGAGAUUUUAGUUGUAUAUGGAUUUUAUUUAGUUUUGUA